AUGGCAGCUUUUCACCACCACCAUCACCACCAUCCGAGCGCGGACCUGCGCCGGCUCUUCCACCGCCUCACCAUCGCUUCGUCUGUGAGCAUCCUCUGCUUCUCCCUGGUCUACCUGCUCACCGGAUGCUGCGAGUCGGAUCUGACAGAGAACUCCGAGAUCCAGACCCCUGCGCGGGAAUUGGUCGCGUCCGGGUCGGGAUGGCCGUACGAGAGGAACGGAACCGGCUUUGCGCACGACGGUGCCACCGCUGUUGGCGAAGGCGCGUUCAGUGGACACCCCGGGCUGGAGACGAACAGCUCGGGCAAAGAAUGGACAUCCUCUCGGAGGUUACCCCAGGCGAUGAUCAUAGGGGUUAAAAAAGGAGGCACCAGGGCUCUGCUGGAGUUUCUGCGGCUCCACCCGGACAUCCGAGCCCUGGGGUCGGAGCCGCACUUCUUCGACCGGCAUUACGCACGGGGACUGGACUGGUACAGAAGUAUGAUGCCCAAAGCCCUGGAAGGCCAGAUUGUCAUGGAGAAGACGCCUCGCUACUUCGUUACCGUGGAAACGCCAGAGCGAGUCCACUCUAUGUCGCAGGAUGUGAAGCUGAUAGUGGUUGUCCGUGACCCCGUGACCCGAGCCAUAUCUGACUACACCCAGAUCAUCUCCAAGACGCCCGACAUCCCUUCAUUUGAGAGCCUGGCCUUCAAGAACCGCAGCACAGGUCAGAUCGACUCUCUGUGGAGCCCGCUGUGGAUCGGCCUGUACGCCCAGCACCUGGAGCGUUGGCUGGCAUGGUUCCCCAGGACCCAGAUCCAUCUGGUCAGCGGGGAGAGGCUUAUCUCCGACCCCGCCGGAGAAGUAGGCAAAGUGCAGGACUUUCUGGGCCUCCAGAGGAUCGUCACGGACAAGCACUUCUACUUCAACAAAACAAAAGGCUUCCCUUGCCUGAAGAAGCCGGAGGGCAGCAGCAAACCUCACUGCCUGGGGAAGACGAAAGGGAGGACGCACGCCUCCAUCGACCCGGAGGUGCUGCAGAGACUGAGGGAUUUCUACAAGCAACAUAACCAGCGCUUCUAUCAGAUGGCGGGACAAGACUUUGGAUGGCAGUGA